AUGAUUGAUGAAGCAAGAACUAGAUAUGAAGCAAAGAAGGUAGGAACCUCUAGUGCACCCACCAAUAGACAAACUCGAAGUGCAAAUGUCAAGAAAGAGAAGCCCCCUCCUCCUCCAAAGAUACAAAUCAGGAGAAAAGAAAAACAAGAUGAGCCACAAGCAUAUAAAGUCCCUAAAGCUACAGGAAAAAGGAAGAAAGAACAAGCACAAAAAGUUUUUAAGGCUGUAGCAGAGGAAGAAGCAAAGGAAACUAAAUCAGAAGGAGGAAAGAAAGAAUUGAGAGCAAGUGACAAAAAAUCCAAAGUGUUUGGUGUACCCACUGUCAAAUCAGUUAAGUUGGUGCAAGUUGAGACUGAGGAUAUUUUGAAAAAGAUUUUAGGACUUGAAAAAGAAGAGGAACCAGAGAUGAUAGAAUCUUUUGAGGAAGAAGAUAUUCCUAAGGCACUAGUAAUUGAAGGUGAACUACCGGAUUUAUUUGAAAUUGAUGAGAUAUUUACUCAAAUAGAGAGAGAACCAGAAGAUGGUGCUACAUCCAUUCCUACUACCACAUCAAAAGAAGAAGUGAUACCAAAAGUGAUUCCAAUUGGUAAAGAUGAAGAGAAGACAAAGACACAAGAGCAUGCACAAACAAAUGAUUGGAAAAUCACGGAGCCACCAGAGAAAGAUGAAGAGAUGCAAAAAGACACACAGGAAAGUGUGCAAAUAAAUGUUGAGCAAACUAAAGAGUCAUUGAAGAAGGCAAAAGAGAAGCAGAAAGAAGAAGCACAAGAGAAGAAAGUGACCUACCAGUCACUUACUUCAAAUAAAAUCAUUGAUGAUGAAGAAGAUGAUGAUAUAGUAUCUAUCCAAGGACCAAUAAACAUGGAUAUGUUGAGUCCAACAUAA